CUCUUCUCCAUGGACGAUUUGAGUAGCCGCCGCCGCCGGUUUCGCCGGCACUUGCUGUCGUCGAAAGGGGAAGAAGACUACCUCAGUAAUCUCCCGGACGAGCUUCUCAUCCACAUCCUUUCCUUCCUCCCCACCCUCGACUCCAUCCGCACCUCCGUUCUCUCCCGCAGAUGGCGUCACGUCUGGACUUCCGUCCCCGUCAUCGACUUCUCCUACCUCCAGCUAAAGUCCACCAUGAUCAAGCGCUUCUUCGCUUCCCGCGGCGACGAAUCUGCUUCUCGUCUUCGCCUAUCCGGACCCUCGUUCAAUUGUGAUUUCAAUUGUGAAUCCAGCAUGAGUCGUGACAUCCUCAUCUGCACAAUGGUCGACUAUGCCAAAUCCCACGAUGCCCGCCACGUGACUCUCCUCCGGUUCUUCUUUCAGUAUCUCAGCGAUUGUUUUUUCGACCAACUGUUCGUUUGGCCGUCGCUCGAAUCCCUGAAUAUGGAAGUCAUCGGCUGUAAGAAUCGCACAUUAUUUAACUUUUCCAAAUCCAUCGUCUCCUUCAGAUUGAGCAAUCUCAAGACACUUUCCCUCGCACUCGGCCAAAAUGCUAUACAUGACGAGAGCUUAGCGAAACUACUCUCGGCCUGCCCUGUUUUGGAAGAAUUAACAUUGAGUGCAAAAUAUUUUCAAGCCGCACGCCAACCCAUUCAAAUAGAAGCUCCAAAUCUUCUCCGAUUGACUCUGAUUCCUACUCCAUCCAAGCUCCAAAUCAACUGCCAGAAACUCGAAUACCUAAGCCUAAAGUCCGACGCCAAUUUGACGCACUUGCAUAUCGAAGCACCCUCCUUGAUCUCUGUUCGAUUAUACAAUAUUUGGCGCUUUAGAACAUUUGCUCAGACGCUCUGCGAUGUGACUACCGUAGCUAUAACUUUGUCAGAUAAACGUCUUUCAGACUCUACUCCGAGAUUCUUGGUAUGUUAA